UGGAUUUGUUUUACACAAUCAAUCAAAAUUUGUCUAUCCAUAUAUUAUUUGCGAAUUUAAACCCCCCCUGUCCAACGCAAAGACAUUGCAGCUCAUAAGUAUUUUUGACUAUCCCUAUCCCUGGCGCUGUGCGGCUGAACGAUUUAAAGAUCAUAAACUCAAUCAUUCCCAAUGAGGACGUUUGUCUUUGUCUGUCUGCUGAUGUGCAUUGUGGCGCUGGCCAGUGCGAGGCGUCAUCAUGCACGAGUGACAGAGGCGGGUGAUAAGUUGGCCAUAACACUGUACUACGAGUCUCUUUGUCCCUACUGCAUGGAGUUUGUCACCACACAACUGGCUCCCUCGAUGAUGCAGAAAGAUCGACUGCCAUUCACGGAUCUCCUGCUAAUCCCUUACGGCAAUGCCAACCUAGAUAAUUACGGGAAUGUCGAAUGCCAGCACGGGGUGAAAGAGUGUGAACUGAAUGCCUGGCAUGGCUGCAUACUGCAGCACCAUAAUAUCACCGAAUCUGUCAAAAUGAUUGCCUGCAUGAUGCAGGAAAAGAAGAACAGACUGGACCAGUGUGCCGAGCACUAUGGCAUCGACGUCAGCGACGUCAAGAACUGCCGGAGAACUCGUAGUGUGAGGGACAUACUGGCAGAGUACGGUGAGGAGACGGCUCAGGUGAAGCACGAGGGCGUUCCAGCCGUGGCAGUGGAUUACAUAUACAAUGUCAACGAACAAAGCAUUCUGCUUAAUCAUUUCGAUGCUGUUUUCUGUUCUCAAUAUGAGACCAUGUACCAUAUAAAACUGGACAACUGUGUGUAAUCGGUGUAUAAUUUGAAUUAACAAAUAAAUAAUGAGGCAGUAUUUUUAAAGAACAA